ACGUUUGAACGUUGUGCCAUCGAGUCGGUUUGGAAAACAUACCGCGGUUGCUUAAUACAUAGUGAAGAACAAGAAGAGAUAUUGAAAAAUAAUAAAACAUAAUAAAGUGCAGCGAUUCAAAGUGUUUUCAUUAAACACAUUCACUCAUAUCUGAUGACAAACUUUGCUCGAUGAAUAAUUAAUUUGAUUCUUUCGGCACAUAAUCGAUAGCUCAAGGUGAACAUUACAAGUAGUUAGUAAAGAACUGAAAAGCAUUACACAUCGGGUCGUAAACAGGUGUCGAGAAAAAAGAUCCAUAAAUAAAUCGUUCAAUCAAUUGAGUGAGAAGUGAGAUGAUCUAAAGGAAUUGAACGAGUAAAAUGUCGAAAUUAUAUGAUGAAUAUGAUAACAGUCAUUACCAGAAGUCCAGUGGAUAUCACAUUAAAACGACUAUUGGAUCUGGAACAUUAGAUGGCGAUAAAAUGACUUUCAACAAACAUGACGCGAACGAACGUUUUCGUGCUUUAUGCAUUAUCAAAGAUCUCAUUGGUGCCAGUCGCGAUUUGGCAUUGAAGGACAAAUCUUGUUACGCUGAUGAUGAAUUCCUUUACCGCUUUUUAUUCGCUAGAAAGUUCAGUGUCACUGAAGCAUUUCAACUAUUGAUCAACUACCAGAAUUAUCGGCAAAAAAAUCAUGAAUUGCUGCAACGCCUUUGUGUUUUAGAUGACACAAUUCAGAUGGCACUUCGCGAUGGCUUUCCUGGUGUUCUUAAAAGUCGCGAUCGUCGUGGGCGGAAAGUGUUGGUGUUCUUUGCUGCUAAUUGGGAUUACACGCAAUACUCGUUACUCACAGUUUAUCGAGCAAUGCUGUUGACGUUAGAAAAGCUUUUAGAAAAUAAACAAAACCAAGCGAAUGGCUUCGUUGUGAUUGUCGAUUGGACAAACUUUACUCUUAGACAAAGUGCACAUCUUAAUCCAAAAAUUUUGAAGCUCAUGAUUGAAGGUUUGCAGGAUUCAUUUCCAGUUCGUUUUAAAGGCAUUCACUUCAUAGGUCAACCUUGGUUUGUUGAAGCUGCAUUGUCAGUGAUCAAACCGUUUUUGAAUUCAAAAACACGAUCGCGAAUUAAACUUCAUGGCUCAAAUUUAUCGACACUUCAUGAGAUGAUUGCACGCGAUAUUCUUCCACCAGAAUUAGGUGGUGAAGGUGAACAAUUCAAUCCAUUGACGUGGUAUCAUGUGCUGUUGGAAUCAAGUCAAAUUAAUGGACCACCGCCUCGUUACUGCAUCACACAAAACAUUCCCUACUCGAAAUCACCGUCCAUUGUGUCAAAGUCAAGCGAUAACAACAAUACAAGUGAUGACGAAUUGAUGGUGAAAAGUCCGACAUUAAGUAAAGCACAACAAUAUAAAAAUAUCGCAAAGUGCAACAACCUGAUAAAUGAUUCAGCUAACAACACAUUGCUUAACUUUAGUGAAUAGAAGUUUUUAAAACAAAACGAAACAUGCACAAACAUGAAGUCUUCUGGAAUCUACUUAGAUAUUUACUUUAACAUUUACUUCUCUACAUUUUUUGAUGAAUAAUUCACACGAUGUUGGAUUUCUUACUUUCAUAAAUCUCGAACUUAAUUUUCCAUUGGAUUCUUUAAAAAGGUCAAACUUUUGACAUUCUCAAAAGCAAACCAGAACGAUGAGUAAACUUCUCAACAUGUAUCAUGACUUAACGGCAUCGUUUGUGUGCUUUCAACUCUCUGACUUUUCAACUGACCAGACGAUUUUUUAUUUGGAAAAUAUGCGGAAAUCUUCUCGCAUCAAUGAAAAUCAUUCAUUACAUACAUAACCAUCGUUUUGGAUCUUAAAUAUUUAAGCGGCGAACAUGAUGUUGAUGAUCAUCAUCACAAUAAUAAUACUUUGAAUAAUAUUUCGAGACUGAUUUUUAGAAAACUUUUACAUAAGCUUUUCACUUAUGAAUGAAAAUUGUUUUUCGCUGUUUACAAAAUUAAAACAUAAAAACAUCGAUUUGAGUGUACAAAGUCGCGAUUUUUAUGGCUUCAUCGAUCGACGUAAUGUGUGUCUGAAAAUUAAAGCCUUGAAUUGUAAUUAAUUUAAAUUGUUUAAGUCAAGGCUCGUCGUCUCGUCUACCAUCGUGCAUUACUUUAAAUAUGAUUUUAAUUACACAUUUAAACUCGAAUGCUUUCAACUUCAAAAUGUGUCGAAUGUUGAUUUGAAUGAUUUCAUGUUUCGUUUUAUUCUUUUCAUUCUCAUAAAUAUUUUUUAAUUAUUUAAUUUAAUCGUCCAUACUGUUCUUAUUUUAUAAUUUUUGUCGCUGAUAUUUAGACAAUAAAAAUAAAAGAAGAGUGAAAAAAGAAUUCAUUUAAAGUCAA